CACACGCUUUCGUGAUCAUUCACCAGCCAUCACAUCAUUUAGAGAUGUAUCACGAGAACUUGGGAUUUUAAGUUGAUUUUUUUUUGUUUAAUACUGAUUUAAUCAUUGGAUUCUGUGAUUUAGUGAUUAUUGUUGAACAUUUGUGAUCAUUUGUGAACGAUGAUCAAUGGUUACUGAGAUACUUAUCCGUUUAAUCCGGCAAAUUGUCUCGGAAUGACUGAUGAUCAAGUGCUUCUGAUUGAUAAUUAAAUCAGUGAAGGUAUCAGUUGCAUUCGGUGAUUGCAAUAUCAAUACCACGUGUUGUUGAUUGAGAUAAGAAAAUUCGGAGGAACGGGAUUAACGUGUGUGGGAGGUCCGCAAUAUUGCGGAGAAAAUUUGUAAAGUGUUGCUCAGCCACGAGUCCAGGAUUCUCACCCCCGGCGGUGGUGCUGUCUCGCCCGGGGGCAGUGGGCCUCCUGCGAGCCCUACGACUGGACAUUAUCAUACGGCGACACACAGUCCACCACUUGUCAAGAUUGGAUCCCUUCAUACACAUCAGACCUCUAAUCACCACCACCUACCGAGUCCAAGCCAACAGACGUCACCGCAGUCAACGACUCCGGUGGCGGGUGCAGGAUCACCAGGCGGGGGGCCGGGGAGUACCCCAAGUAUGGCGGCCAGAGCUAGCAGCAUGUUCUGCUACCACUGCCCACCUGGUCUCCCGGCCCCCCGACUACCGCCGACAUUGGAGUAUACGUUUGCACCGACGCAUCCGUACACCAGCUACUCCGCCUAUCACCCAGCUCUCCACGGAGUCGGUGAGGACUCAUUUGUCCGUAGAAAACAAAGAAGAAAUCGCACAACAUUUACGCUGCAACAGCUCGAAGAACUCGAGGCGGCAUUUGCCCAGACACACUAUCCGGAUGUCUUCACGCGUGAGGAUCUGGCGAUGAAGAUAAACCUGACGGAGGCGAGAGUGCAGGUCUGGUUCCAAAAUCGUCGAGCAAAAUGGCGGAAGGGCGAACGUCUCAAAGAAGAACAGAGAAAGCGUGACGGUAGUAGCGGUCCGGCGACCGGUCCCUUGGAAGGUCUGCCUCCAACAUCGUCAAGCGGUCCCUCCCCGAUCAGUCACCACGACACCGAAGCAGGCAGUGCUGAGGGUGAGGACAAUGGUCAGGAAGCUGGCACCGGCUCCCGGAGUCCGAGCACAACAUCGGCAUCGGUGAGCCCCCGACCCCAGCAGUCCCAGAGUCAGCCAUCACUCGGUGGUACAGCGACGCCACCGCCGACGCCCGUGAGGGCGCCACUGCCCGUCAGCACAGCAGGUGGCAGUCUCGUUCCGCCCACGGAGAGCAUCACAGGUACAGGUUUCAGACCAGUGGAGCCUCCAACGUCGCUGUUUUUCUCACCUCACCUGGCGGCACAAUUCUCACCACCACUCUUUAGCAACAAAAUCAUCAGUUCAACAACAACAUCACUGACAUCAGCAACUCCAAGUCUCUGGACAACGAGUGAUCAUCGACCUAGCAGCCUGCAGGACAUGCUGGCAUGGGCACCAGCAGGUUGGCCAGGCUCUCUCUGCGGUUGCUGCAAGCCAGGCAGUGGUGAUCUUCACAGGACAAGCAGUCUUGCUGAACUGAGACGAAAGGCGCAGGAGCACUCAACAGCAACUGCACUGCUUGGUGGUCUAGCUGGAUUUCCAGGUGGUCUACCACUGCCCCUGCAUUUACCAUUACUUCCACCGUUACUUGGCCUCUCGAGGAGGCCUGAGCAUCAUCAUUUACCAAGCGUUGUUCAUCAAAUUCAACCCAGUACUAAAGAGGAUCCUUAAAGGAUUUUCUCACACCAUUUGGCAGUCUACCUCUCACCACCACUCUUUAGCGACAAAAUCAUCGGUGCAAAUCAACACUCCUAAGAUGAGUAAUCCUGAGUUUUGCGACUAUAAGUGAUAAUCGACCUAGUAGCCUUCAGGACAUGCUAGCAUAGACAGCGGUGAUCUCCACAGAAGCGUUGUUCCCUGAAUUCAACCUAAUACUAAAGGGGAUCUGUAGAGGAUUCAGGUGUCUUGAGAGGAAUGUCGUGCAGUAUCCUAGGGCAUCUCCGUCGUUAUGAAGGAGUAUUUCUGGAGGCUGUACUCGAGUGGAAUAAGGAGAGGAGAUAGUGAAUAUUGUUGAUUGAUAGAAUCCUGAAAUGACGGCAGAAGGACUUCAUUUAAACCACGCGUUGUCACUACGCACUCAAUUUUUUCAUUUAGAAAAAAUUUCAAGUACUUCCUUGUUUCACUUUAUUACAGAAUAAGGAAGAGUUCCAGAUUAAAUCAGGACCAAGUUUUUAAGUGUGCCUGAUCAAUAAAAUAACGUAGGACCAGCGUGACUUUAUUUGUGGGCAAAGAAAAUGUGAUUGAGAAGAUGAUAAUAGCGGCAGUGUUAUGAUGACAUUAUUAAUUGAAUCAAAGAGAAAAGGCCAAAAAAUCAUAACCAAAGAAUCUAGAAGAUCUUUGAAAAUUAGUUCACACAGUCUACCCAGAAAUCAUGUAUAAAAAAAAUGGAAGAAAUGAAACUAAAACUUGUAUAAUAACUUUGUCUGAUAAACGUCACUAUAAUUGGCGGAUGUAAACAAUAAAGAAUCACAAAAAUUAAAAAUUAUACAAUUAUAAAUAAUGCAAUUUAGAUGAUAUUGUAGCGCUGCGUAAUAGUAGUUGUAUGAAAUAAACUUGUUCUCGUGAUAAA